AUGUCCGGUCGUCAGAAUCCAUACGAACGGAAGUUCAAUCAAGGCUACGCCCGACGUGACAACGCAGGCGGGUAUACCUUCCGUCAUGCCGGCCCGGGUAGUGAGCCUCACUCGUCGGACUCCAACCGAUCGAAUAAGUCCGGCAAGUCGAACCAAUCGACCAAGUCAGCCAAGGAGAAGCGAGACCAGCGGAUCCAGGCGAACAACUUCACCCAAUCGCCGGAGGAUAGCUUCGAGGACGAACACGACCGGGCUUUCCUCGAGCAACCACAGGCUGAACCGGAGGUUUUGCACGGCCCAAUAGGUCGAAAUGCGAACCCCGAGCCUGCGGCUGGACUUGUGCACCCAAUAGGUGCCUCGCCGGUCUUCCUCCCGGCCAUCACCCCGGACAAUGGAGCCUCGAGCCCGGCGCUAAGUAGCUCCGAGGUGUCACCAGACAUGGGUGACCCUGUGCUGCCCCAACAGGGCGGCAUGGCUGGACCAAAGUCGAGGCAAGGCCAGAUGAGCCCGAGCCAAAUGAAGGACGAGGUUGAGGGUUCGGUUACCGAGGUUAACUUAACUUCGGCUGGCGGACCGUCAUCCCCGAAACCCAAAACCCCCGGCAGUGAACCUACGCUGACCCGAGCCAGCCGGAUUGAAGCCUUACAGGACGAUCGCAAGUCGAAAUCGGCUUCACCGAAGGUUGCAAAGCCAACCUCGGACCUUCCGGCCACACCACCGCUGUUUGAACCCUCGGGCCUCGGGGCUGACAAAACUCCAUCACCGACUGACGAUGUGUUCGACGCAACUGUGUUACCCAAUCAGGUGACCGAGCGUCCGGACAGCAGGAAGGGCUUCAGGUUCCCGUCACCGAAGCAGUACUCAGGCUCGCAUACCGGAGCCUCGGACUAUACACCUCGGCGGUACCUGACAAAGACCCCUCCGGAGAAGAUUGACAACCCACAAGUCCUCCGUCAACGGAUCUAUGAGAUGCAAAACCAGCUCUUGGCCGGGCAGAACAUCGUCGAAUCGACGGAGAAUGUUUUGUCCCAGACGGUUGCUUCGCAUAAGCAGGAGCGCAAGAGGCUCACUGACGAACUUGAACGUGCGAACACCGUCAUCGACGACCUCACCCAGGAGAUCGAACGGUUAGAGGCCCAGUUGCAAGUAACUGAGGAGCCCUGCCGCCAUGACCAAGCUGAAGUCACCAGACUCCAGGACAUGCUGGAGCAGUCUCGGGCCGAAGUGGCUACCCUGCGCUAG